AUGUCAAAAAUACGUAUUCUCGAUGCCAGUUUACUCGUAAAAAGAGUAAAAAUAAGUCCGGCUGUGCUACUCGCACACGCUAGAAUGCUGAGUAAAACUACCGCUAAGUAUCCCCUUACGAGAGUCGAAGUUAAAACAUUCACGAUACACGCCGACGUCGUGGAGGAAUCGAUAGAUAAUGCAAUACUCGGACAGCUGCCGAAACGAAUAAUAAUUGGAUUUGUCGAUAACAAGGCGUUUAACGAAUUACAGAAUUUCUUUUCGCUGUACGCUGAUGGCAUGCAAAUUCCCAGUAGGCCGUUACAGCCAAAUUUUUCGAAAGACGUGCCGCUCUACGUUAAAGCUUAUCACACAAUAUUCUCGGGAACUGGCAUUCACUUUCUGAACGAGGGUAAUUCUAUAAGCAGAGAUGAUUACGCCAAUGGCUACACUCUUUUCACUUUCGAUCUUACUCCGGAUCUAUCCGCUAAUUGUGCAGGACAUUGGAAUCUUGUGAAACACGGAAGCUUACGAUUAGAAGUGAGAUUCGAAAAAGCUCUUUCCGUGACUAUUAAUUGUAUCGUCUAUGCAGAGUUCGAUAACAUUUUAGAAAUCGAUUCCUCGCGUCAAGUCAUUGUCGACUUUUCCGGUUAG